AUGGUUGACUCGAUGGAGGUAGACACGGACGGUCCGCGAGGCGUCAAAAGGACCGCUGCUGAGGCAGGUCUACCUCCAGAAACACCUCGUCGUAUCAAGGCUCUGGAUCUUGAUGUCGUCAACAAGAUCGCUGCGGGAGAGAUCAUCGUUGCUCCGAUGCAUGCUCUGAAAGAAUUGCUGGAGAAUUCGGUUGAUGCUGGAUCGACCAUUGUCGAAGUCGUCGUCAAAGAAGGUGGUCUGAAAUUACUCCAGAUUACAGACAACGGCCAUGGAAUCGAGGCAAACGACCUGCCAAUUCUAUGCGAAAGGUUCACCACGUCCAAACUCCAAAACUUCGAAGAUCUCAUGUCGAUUGGAACAUACGGUUUCAGAGGCGAGGCUCUGGCAAGCAUCAGCCACAUUGCUCAUCUGAAAGUCACCACGAGGACCGCCAACUCUAGCUGUGCCUGGCAAGCUUUCUACGCCGACGGGAAACUUACUCCUUCGAAACCUGGGCAGAGCGCUGAUCCUAAACCAACUGCUGGUCGGCUGGGCACGCAGAUCACCGUCGAAGACCUAUUCUACAACAUUCCAAACAGACGGCGAGCGUUUCGGUCACCUUCGGAAGAAUAUGCCAAAGUUUUGGACGUCAUUACUCGCUAUGCCGUACAUCGAGAAGGGGUAGCAUUUUCCAUCAAGAAGUAUGGUGAAUCCGGCACUGGUUUUUCGGUUGCAGCGGCGGCGACGAAAAUCGACCGAAUCAAACAGGCGUAUGGUGGUGCAGUAGCAAAGGAACUCAUGGAGUUCAAGGUGGGAGAUGACAAAUGGGGGUUCAAAGCCUCAGGGUAUGCCACCAACGCCAAUUACAGCGUAAAGCGGACAACACUACUUUUGUUCAUCAACAAUCGAUCCGUCGAAUCCUCGGCAGUGAAGAAGGCCAUUGAGCAGACAUAUCAGAUGUUUCUUCCCAAAGGUGGCCAUCCUUUUGUAUAUCUCUGUCUCGAGAUUGACCCCGGUCGAGUCGACGUGAAUGUCCACCCGACAAAGCGCGAGGUUCACUUCCUGAACGAAGACGAGAUUGUCGAGCUGGUAUGCGACCACCUUCGCGAGAGUUUGGCCAAGGUCGACACCAUUAGAACGUUCAAAACGCAGACUCUUCUUCCUGGCGUCACACCAAUGACUCCGCUCAACCCGAGAGUGAGAGCAGCAGAAAGCACACCUCCCGCAGACGAUAGCGGCCCGAGGAGGCCUUCGACCACAAAGAAGCCAUAUGAAAACAACCUGAUCCGCACAGACUCGAAGAUGCGCAAGAUCACGUCGAUGCUUCCACCUGCACUGUCGACCUCGACUUCCCAGGGCGAAGGACCCCCUGCGAUCGAAGGAGGUGUACGUUAUUCCACCACCGACCGAGAACAGAUCCAGAUUCGGUUGUCUUCGGUCAAGAACCUGCGUGCCGAAGUCCGUGAGGCAAUGCACGACGGCCUGACCGAGGUCUUUGCCUCUCUCACGUACGUCGGUGUCGUCGACGUCACCCGACGGAUAGCGGCGAUCCAGGCCGGCGUCAAAUUGUACCUGGUCGACUACGGCAUGGCCGCGAACGAGUUCUUCUAUCAAGUCGGGCUCACGGACUUUGGGAAUUUCGGUCUGAUUCAACUUCGACCUGCACCCCGGUUGCGUGAUUUGCUCGACGUCGCCGCCGAGCACCAGAUCGAGACCUCCCCGGAUUGUGCCCACCUCGACAAGGAGCGGGUGGUCGAAAAGGUGUACGACCAACUGAUGGGCCGGAGAAAGAUGAUUGCCGAGUACUUCGCCAUGGAAAUUUCCGACGACGGCGACCUCGAAACCAUCCCUCUCUUGCUCAAAGGGUACAUGCCUUGCAUGGCCAAAUUGCCAAUGUUCUUGUUGAGGCUGGGUCCCUUUGUCGACUGGACGCAAGAGGAACCGUGUUUCAAGACCUUUUUACGUGAAUUGGCUUCCUUUUAUGUUCCGGAACAAUUACCUCGGGUCGACAACGACAAGGACAACAAUACCAAUAACAAUCGUGCGACUGCAGGUACUCCUACAGGUACUCCUACUACGAACGACGACGCCAUGAUCGGAACGACAGAACCCGGCAGCACUGACACCGUCAGUAGUACCCGAGAAGACGAGGAUCAAACUGAUUUGGACGUCAUGACCGAAAACAGGAGAAAUGAACUGUCCCACGUCCUUGAACACGUCUUGUUCCCUGCGUUUCGAUCCCGCAUCGUCGCAACGCAAGAUUUGUUGAGUGGUGUCAUGGAGGUGGCAAACCUAAAAGGCCUGUACCGUGUCUUUGAACGUUGUUGAGACCUACGAGUCCGGAGUUGAGUGUCCUGCCACAUGGUAUUUUGGACCUAAAAGGCGCCUGUAAGUUAAUUACUUGUGCUUACAAGUGUACCUACUAGACUCCAAAGGUCGCUACGCAAUGACCCUUAAGGGUAACCAAUGAGAUGGACGCAUGUUUUAUAGUAGCUAUCUACCCAAGGUGAAAAUGGUAGGUAGCUAGGGAGGGUAGUAAGGUAAAGGCACCUAGAGGCUG